UGGCUUUUGGGCACGUUCAACGUCUUAUUCACACCGUCUCAUCCGUUUAAUUAAGGAAACCCCAUUGACAACUCAGACUGAAGAAAAUUUUGUACUUUUUUGUUGGACCAACGUCAAACUCCCUGUACCCUUUUCUAUCUCGCUCUCUCUGUACUUCGAUUAAUAGGGAAUUGCUCAAUCUUCAAUUGAUUUCUUAAUUUUGAUUAUUGACCAAAUUUCUUAAUUGCUCAAUCUUCAAUCAAUGGGCAAGUGUUUCAGCUUCGCGUCGACGAGAAAUCAGUGCUACAGAUACUCAUUCAGCUACUCCGGCCUGAAAUCGAGGACCACCGACCUCGGCGACGGCACGGUCAUGCACUGUUGGGUCCCCAGAAAGCACAAACCCAAAAAACCCACUCUGAUCAUCAUCCACGGAAUCGGAGCGAACGCAAUGUGGCAAUGGAACGACUUUGUGUCUCCGUUGAUUUCCAAAUUCAAUCUCUAUGUUCCUGACCUGGUCUUCUUCGGCGAAUCGUCCACGACUCGGCCGGAGCGGACCGAGUCGUUCCAGGCCGAGUGCGUGAUGCGGACGAUGGAGGCGCACGGGGUGCGGAGGAUGAGCGUCGUGGGGCUGAGCUACGGCGGAUUCGUGGCGUACAGCAUGGCGGCGCAGUUCCCGGAGGCGGUGGAGCGGGUGGUGAUAGGUUGCGCCGGGGUGUGUUUGGAGGACAAGGAUAUGGAGGAGGGGAUGUUUAAGGUGCAGAGUGUGGAGGCGGCGACCGAGAUUUUGUUGCCGCAGACGCCGCAGAAGAUGAGGGAGUUGAUGCGCCUUUCAUUCUAUAAGCCGCCCAAGACCAUGCCCUCUUGUUUUCUCAAUGAUUUCAUCGAUGUGUUGUGUACGGACUAUCGUCAAGAAAAAAAAGAAUUGAUGCUUGCAUUACACAAAGACAGAAAAGUCUCCGAUCUUCCCAAGAUUACCCAGCCCACACUAAUAAUUUGGGGGGAACAAGAUCAAAUAUUCCCACUGGAAUUGGGACACAGAUUAAAAAGGCAUCUAGGUGAGGACGCUCAACUAGUAGUUAUUAAGGAUGUAGGACACGCUAUCAAUAUGGAGAGGCCGAAAGAGCUCUACAAACACAUGAAGUCAUUCCUUAUCGAGUCUCUACCUUCUCCUAAGCAUGAAAAUAACAGCAACAACCGCAAGGCAGACUAAAACAUUUAGAAAAAACAGCGGAAGUCAAACAUAGCCAGCAUCAGGGUUUUCGAUUCAUCAGUCUCGCCAGGAUUUGGAGUACUGCUGCUGGCACAGGCACUGGCAUUUUCAAGUUUGCGAUUUGGAAAUAUUUAUGAUAAUGUAUACAGAAUGUACAAAUAUCCCAUCGGCCAUCAGCCCCAAGAACACGUUCCUAGAUUGGUAUAAUUUAAUUUGGUUUGACAUUGCAGAAA